GCAGGUAUUGCCGCGGGGACGUACGGGAACUACGGGGAAGAGUUGUAACGACCAGCUAACUCCGUGCACGGACCAAGGAAGAAGGAUCUGUUGACCCAGACACCUCCACUUGAGUUUGCAGUACAUCGGAUACGACCGGGUGAUUGGGUCCUGAUCAAAACCUGGAAAGAUACCAAACUACACCCAAGCUGGGAGGGACUGUUCCUAACCCUCCUGACUACUGAAACAGCCGUCCGAACUGCUGAAAAAGGGUGGAGUCAUCACACUCGUGUUAAGGGUCCGGUGGACGCUCCUUCCCCUCCGGCCGAGUGGCAAGCUCAUCCUACAGACAACCCUUUGAAAGUCAAACUGAGCAGAAAGAAUGAACUGAACUGAUAUGAGAGACUAUUAAGUAUCAGUUAAAAUUUUUUUUGAAUUGUAAGCGUUGCGCGAACCCACGCCUCCCGGGUACUUAAAGGGUUAGGAAAUAGACAGGUGGGGGGGAUGUGGUUGGGAAGCUGAAAUGAGCAGGCAGCUUUAUGUUGUUACGAUAAUAUUGGCACUAGUUGCCAAGGGGGUUGGGAAGAAUCAUUUUACUGCGUUAUGUCACAAUUAUGCUAGAGUAACGGGGCGUACUGACUGUUGGGUAUGCGCUGCGAUCCCACACCAUGGAGAAUCUGGAAUCCCUCUCACGGUAGUACCAUUUACCAAUAGAGAGGUGUAUGAGGAACAACAAUUUGACUUGGGCUCAAAUGAUACAAAAUGGAGAUCUGAAAGGGGUGAUUAUAAAUUCGCGGGAUGGUUCCCACAACCGGCUCCGAAAACCCUGGGUGCUAUCAAUGGCCUUAGGGUUUCCCCACCGAAAGGAGUAGUCAAUACCACUUGUUUCUGCAAUCAGAAUGACAGCGCACCCUUCCAGUUAGGAAACUCAUCUUGUAUCACCACCAGCCAAGCUACUGGCACAAAUGUACCCCACAUAUUGAACGGGACAUAUUGGAUAUGUGGCCUAGAGGCCUAUUCCUUUAUCCCCGGGGAAAGGUACAUUUGGGUGACCAAAUGCAUAGGAAGCGUAGAAAUGCAGGAAUGUUAUGAUUUUGAUUUAACACUGCCUCAAAGUCAGAAAGGCUGGAGUGGCUGUUGCUACCUCGCCUACCUAAUUCCCCAUCUGAUGCUGUUAGAUAAAACCCCAGAAAUAACUCAGAAUGGGCAGGAAGGGAAGCGGACACCCCGAGAAGUAACGGAAGGGGAUCGCUUCCUCUGGACUUUGGUACCCAUGUAUGAGACUGCCCAAGCAGGAAGAGAAAUACACAAGUUGGCGCCUUCCCUGGAGGAGUUGGCCAACAAUACUGCCGAUGCGUUGGCCGAGACCCAAUCCCAAGUGGCGGCCAUAACGACCGAAAUGAUUGCCACCAGGCUAACGACUCUUCAGAAUAGGAUGGCUCUAGAUUAUAUUCUGGCAGAGAAAGGUGGUACCUGUGCACUAAUUGGGGAAGAGUGUUGUACAUACAUACCUGAGGUUUCCCAUAACAUUACUGAUAUCUCCCAACACGUGCAAGACAAAAUCGCCAAGAUGAGGGAGGCUGGUGACCAAUACCGGAAUGAAAAAGGCUGGGAAUGGGGGAAUUGAGGAUGAACUGGUUGGGGAAGGUGGUUGGUUAAUUUGGCCAUCUAUGGAUUAUUGAUAU